UCGGCUGUGGCCUUGUAAACAUAGCCGCUGUUGAAGGAAGACAGCGUAAAUUCAGACAAUUCAUUAUGAGUUAUGCAGAAAAGCCGGAGGAUAUCACGAAAGAUGAGUGGAUGGACAAGCUCAACAAUGUCCACAUACAGAGAGCAGACAUGAACAGGCUCAUCAUGAAUUACCUGGUGACGGAAGGGUUUAAAGAAGCUGCAGAAAAGUUCCGAAUGGAAUCUGGAAUAGAACCCAGCGUGGACCUUGACUCACUGGAUGAAAGAAUAAAGAUCAGAGAGAUGAUUCUUAAAGGGCAGAUCCAGGAGGCCAUUGCACUAAUAAACAGCCUCCACCCGGAGCUGCUAGACACAAACCGCUACCUGUACUUCCAUUUGCAGCAGCAGCACCUGAUUGAGCUGAUACGUCUGCGUGAGACAGAGGCAGCGCUGGAGUUUGCGCAGACGCAGCUGGCGGAGCAGGGCGAGGAGAGCCGCGAGUGCCUGACAGAGAUGGAGCGCACGCUGGCCCUGCUGGCCUUCGACAACCCCGAGGACUCGCCCUUCGGGGACCUUCUCAACAUGAUGCAACGGCAGAAGGUUUGGAGCGAGGUAAAUCAGGCCGUGCUAGAUUAUGAAAACAGAGAGUCUACACCCAAACUUGCAAAAUUGCUAAAAUUGUUACUGUGGGCACAGAACGAACUUGACCAGAAGAAAGUCAAAUACCCUAAAAUGACUGACCUCAGCAAAGGGACGAUUGAGGACCCCAAGUAAACUGCAGACUGGUACAAGUGCACUGUGGGGACAAACACAAGGACACUAAGUUCUUCCUAUUUAUAAUCAGUGACUGAACCAUAUACAUAUAUAUGUUUUGUUGCUUAUGAGAGAACUUAAUCAGUUGUGCAGAAAUGUGAGGUUGAAUUAUAAAGUGAAACCAGGCAAAUGGCCAAAAAUGUAAACCUUGCAUUAUCAGAUUUGGAAACUACAAAUUAAAGCUACUUUAGUACCUUUGUGGAUUACUCAAAAGUACAAGUCACUGGUCACUUUUUCUAUUGUUAGUCACAGCAAAAUUUAAAUACCACCACAGUUUAAUGUCAGCAGGAUGUGGAUAAGGGUGAAGUUAUGCGAAAACACAGUCGAGUAUUUUAAGCCUAAAUUAGGCCCUAUAUUGAGGGGUACUACAUUUUUUAUACGUUCAGUGCUCUGCCUUUGUGGGAUCAGUGUGUCAUGUGACAUGUGAAUGACAUUUAGUCUGCCACCUCUUAUACCCUCCACAUUGAUCAAAAAGGCAUUGUGGGGAGGGCAAAUGAUGCCAUUUGUUGAACCUGAAGAUCUUGAUUAACCAUUUUGCUUUUUUUGCUCAACAUAAGCAUGUAGAAUCUUUUUGCAGUAUUUGUACUGAGGGGCGUGAGGGAGCUGAAUAUGCCCUGUAAAUGUUCUAUGAAGUUGUUAGUGCAUUGCAGUUAUUGUUUUCCACAGCAGUUCUUUCAUUUCAUCCUAACUAUACUGUAA